AUGGGCCGCGAAGACCAAACAGAGGAGCGCGAAGUCCUCGAUUCAAUCUUUCCUGAGGAGAUCACAGACAUAUCCGACAUUUCCUACAGAGUAUCGAUAAGCCUUGAGGCUCCCUGGAGUGAAGAUGAGGAACUAGAGCAGCCUGUGAUCUGCUUGGAAGUUUCGUACCCGGAAGAAUACCCCGAUGUCGCGCCAGAACUCAGCAUCUCCUCCCCACCCAACGCCCCGAAGCACCCACAACUGGAUAUCCAAGAAGACCGGGAGCGGCUUCUGGAGUCUCUCCAGCCUACGAUCGAAGAAAAUAUGGGAAUGGCAAUGGUUUUCACUCUUGUGAGUGCACUGAAGGAAAAUGCCGAGGACUUGAUGACGGAGCGUGCGAAUGCAGUCCAGGCCGAGAAGGACAAGGUAGCUGCGAAGGCUGAGGAGGAAGAGAACAAGAAGUUCCAGGGCACACCUGUCAACCGGGAGACUUUCUUGGAAUGGCACGCAAAGUUUCAAAAGGAAAUAGAGGAGGACGAGCUGCGGCAAAAAGAGGAGAAGGAAGCAGAGGACAAGAAGAAAAAGUCCAACAAGGACGAGAAGAAGCUCACUGGUCGGGAAUUGUGGGAGCGUGGAUUGGCAGGCAAGGGCGAUUAUGAGGAUGAAGGCGAUGAUGCUCUGCCAGCUGUUGAAAAGCUUAAGGUCACAGCAUGA